UUGGAAAUAGUUAGAUUGACCACUGUAACUACUACAGCAAAGCAACAUCGAAUGCUGUAGAUCGCGACUAAAAAGGAAAAUUAUUUCUUAUACGACCUUUGAUUGACGCAUCUUAGGAAUAAUAUCACUUUUCCCUGGAUUUGCUGCUGUUUUAAACUCUUGGAAGGUUAAAGAAUAAGUGAUAAAAUGAAGUCAACUGCAAUCUUUUUGCUACUGAUGCUUUGGAACUGCGAGAGCGCGAGAGUCGCAGAGAGUCGAGACGACAACAGUGUUUACGAUCUGUUCGAGCUGGUCCAAGUACCAAGGAAAAACCACGGAGUGACCCUGGUGAAAGGCGACGACCCGUACAGCCCCGCCUACAAGAUCCUGAACCCCGACCUGAUCCCCCCGGUCCCCGAGAGCGCCUUUAGGGACCUAAUCGAUUCCAUUCACGCCGAGAAAGGAUUUCUGCUGCUGGUUAAUUUCAAGCAGUUCAAACGCACGAGGGGAAGCCUGCUGACUGUGGAGAAGAAUGACGGUUCUGGACCCGUGUUUGAAAUCGUUUCCAACGGGAAAGCCAACACUCUGGACAUUGUUUUUUCCACCGAGAACAAGCAGCAGGUCGUGUCCAUCGAGGAAGCGGACUUGGCGGUGGGACACUGGAAAAACAUCACUCUUUUCGUGCAAGAGGACAGGGUUCAGUUCUAUGUGGGAUGUGAGGAGGUGAACGUGGCGGAGCUCGAUGCCUCAAUCCACACCAUCCUGACUCAGGAGAUUCCAGGUGUGGCCAAAAUGAGGAUCGGUAAAGGCGCGGUGAAGGACAGGUUCAUGGGGGUGUUGCAAAACGUGCGCUUUGUAUUCGGAACCACGCUGGAAGCCAUCCUGAGGAAUAAAGGGUGCCAAAACUCAGCAAUGACUGAUAUCAUUACCCUUGACAAUCCCAUAAAUGGAUCCAGCCCUGCAAUCAGGACAGAUUACACUGGCCACAAAACAAAAGAUCUGCAAAUGAUUUGUGGCUUUUCAUGUGAGGAUCUGGCUGCCAUGUUUAAGGAACUGAAAGGUCUUGGUGUGGUGGUUCAAGAACUGUCCAAUGAACUCCGAAAAGUGACGGAUGACAAAAACAUGCUCAUGAAUCAAAUGGGCAUUCGUGCUGGUGUAUGUCUUCACAAUGGAAUUGUGCACAAAAACAAGGAGGAAUGGACAGUGGACGACUGCACAGAGUGCACUUGCCAGAAUUCUGCAACGGUGUGCCGCAAGAUUUCAUGUCCCCUAAUCCCAUGUGCAAAUGCCACAGUACCUGAUGGAGAGUGCUGCCCUCGCUGUGGAACACCGAGCGACUCCGCCGAGGAUGGUUGGUCCCCCUGGUCUGAAUGGACCCAUUGUUCAGUGUCCUGUGGAAGGGGCAUUCAGCAGCGCGGCCGUUCCUGCGACCGCAUCAAUAACAACUGUGAGGGCACGUCAGUGCAGACCAGAGACUGCUACCUCCAGGAGUGCGACAAGCGCUUUAAGCAAGACGGUAGCUGGAGCCACUGGUCACCCUGGUCAUCGUGUUCGGUCACAUGUGGUGCUGGUGUUAUUACACGCAUCCGUCUCUGUAACUCCCCGACACCUCAAAUGGAUGGCAAAGACUGCCAGGGUGAAGGGCGGCAAACUGAGAGGUGUGAGAAAUCACCAUGUCCGAUCAACGGUGGCUGGGGACCAUGGUCGCCCUGGGAUACUUGCUCUGUUACCUGUGGUGGUGGCGUCCAAAACCGUAAGCGUCUUUGCAAUAAUCCUGUACCCAAACAUGGUGGCAAAGAGUGUGUGGGAGAUGCAAAGGUCAGCCAGAUUUGCAACAAACAAGCCUGUCCUGUUGAUGGAUGUCUUUCGAGUCCGUGCUUUGAAGGGGCCCAGUGCACAAGCUUUCCAGAUGGGUCCUGGAAAUGUGGAAAAUGCCCCACAGGAUACACUGGCAAUGGAAUCAACUGCAAAGAUGUCAAUGAGUGUAAGGAAGUACCAGAUGCCUGCUUUGAAUUUAAUGGAGUCCACAGAUGUGAGAACACAGUGCCAGGCUACAACUGUCUCCCUUGCCCCACUCGUUACACCGGGCCACAGCCGUUUGGCCGUGGAGUGGAGGACGCCGCUGCUAAGAAGCAGGUGUGCACUCCUCGAAAUCCCUGCCUGGAUGGAAGCCACGACUGCAAUAAAAACGCUCGCUGCAACUACCUGGGCCAUUUCUCUGACCCCAUGUUCCGCUGUGAAUGCAAACCUGGCUUUGCUGGAAAUGGACACAUCUGUGGAGAAGAUACUGAUCUUGAUGGUUGGCCGAAUGCUGAUCUCGUGUGUGUUGAGAACGCAACCUAUCACUGCAAGAAGGACAACUGCCCAAAUCUUCCCAACUCAGGGCAAGAAGACUAUGACAAGGAUGGCAUUGGUGAUGCAUGUGACGAUGAUGAUGAUGACGAUGGCAUUCCUGAUGACAGGGAUAACUGCCCACUCGUCUUCAACCCGAGACAGUACGACUAUGAUCGGGAUGAUGUUGGUGACCGUUGUGAUAACUGUCCCUACAACAGCAACCCAGACCAGACAGACACUGACAACAAUGGAGAAGGAGACGCCUGUGCUGUGGACAUUGAUGGAGAUGGUAUUCUGAACGAGAAAGACAACUGUCCGUAUCUGUACAACGUCGACCAGAAAGACACUGAUCUUGAUGGAGUUGGAGACCAGUGUGACAACUGUCCAUUGGAACACAACCCAGAUCAGCUGGACUCUGAUUCUGACCGCGUUGGAGACAAAUGUGACAGUAACCAGGAUAUCGAUGAAGACGGUCACCAGAACAACCUGGACAACUGUCCAUACAUCCCCAAUGCCAACCAGGCUGAUCAUGACAAGGACGGUAAAGGAGAUGCCUGCGACUACGAUGAUGAUAAUGAUGGCAUUCCUGACGAAAAAGACAACUGCAGACUGGUCUUCAAUCCAGAUCAGCUAGAUUCUGAUGGCGAUGGACGUGGCGAUGCCUGUAAAGAUGACUUUGACAUGGACAAUGUUCUGGAUAUCUAUGAUGUCUGUCCUGAGAACUUCGAUAUCAGUGAAACCGACUUCCGCAAGUUCCAGAUGGUUCCUCUGGAUCCCAAGGGCACUUCUCAGAUCGAUCCCAACUGGGUGGUUCGUCAUCAAGGAAAAGAGCUGGUUCAGACAGUCAACUGCGACCCUGGCAUUGCUGUUGGUUUUGAUGAGUUCAAUUCAGUGGACUUCAGUGGAACAUUCUUCAUCAACACUGAGAGGGAUGACGACUAUGCUGGUUUUGUUUUCGGAUACCAGUCCAGCUCUCGCUUCUAUGUGGUCAUGUGGAAGCAGAUCACACAGACCUACUGGUCCAGCACACCUACCAAAGCACAGGGUUACUCAGGGCUGUCCAUCAAAGUGGUUAAUUCCACCACAGGACCUGGGGAGCAUCUGAGAAACGCCCUUUGGCACACUGGAGACACACCAGGACAGGUGCGCACAUUGUGGCAUGACCCAAAGAAUGUGGGAUGGAAGGACUUUACUGCUUACAGAUGGCACCUGACACACAGACCAAGAACUGGACACAUAAGAGUGGUCAUGUAUGAAGGCAAAAAGAUCAUGGCAGAUUCUGGCAGAAUCUACGACAAAACAUACGCAGGCGGAAGACUAGGUCUCUUCGUCUUCUCACAAGAGAUGGUGUAUUUCUCAGACCUCAAAUACGAAUGCAGAGAUGCGUAAUUGCACAGGCUGGAAGUUUAUCAAAGAUGCACCUUUCGAUAUAAAUAUGUAUUCCAAGCAAAGUCCAGGGACAGAUUCGAUGCUACUUUUUUUCUGCUGUCGCUCGCACACCGGUGGAGUGAGAAAGCAGCUGGUCAACUUCAAUGUAAUGUCACUGGUUGGGAUAGAAACCGGAUCUAGACUCCUCCACCAUUAGCAGGUAGAGCAGAAGAAAGUCUCCCUCGCUUGGCUUAUUUGGGAAGACCGAGAUCUCUCUGAAAAACCUCAUUGGGCUCUGUGUGGGGAAAAGCUCCCAGCAGACAGCUAUGCACUUCAAAACCUUUAUUCUCUCUCUCUCUCAUGCGCUUCUAUGCUCUAUUCAUGAGAUAAGCCAAAAUGAUGGCUACUUCAAAGAGCAGAAGCCUUUUAAAGAAAGGUUACUAUUGUGAUAUUCAGUGUUUUAUUAAAACUGUAAACUGAGAAGCAAAGCAAUGAGAAUGUUUCAGAUAUCGAAGUAUGUAACAAGUAAAAGAUCUGCCAGCCAAAGAAGGUGAUUUUUAAAAGGACCAAUCUGUCAUUUUAUUAUUAUUUUGGCUAAGCAGAAGGUUUGGCAGGAGAUAACUCAUGGUAUAGUGGGCAUAGUUUUCUCAGGGCUCGAUGGAUAAACUAGUAAUUCAUUUGAAAUGGCAAAACGAGAGGUUGUAGAGUAUGAAGAGGAGUUGGACAGAGCAAGGUUUAAAGAUUCUGCAAUACAAGAAACACUCGUUUGACUCUAGAUAACCAAGCACUCCCGUCUCCUUUACAAAUGCUGAUUUCUAAGGGAAGUUUAGACUUUUAAAUAUAUGUAUAUUUAUGUAGCACUUACAAAAUGCUUUGGCUAGACAGAUUUUACCCACACUUUAAGCAAGUUUUUCAACAUCGUAAAGAAAAGCAAACCCUCAUAAUCGAAGCUCUGUCCGAUCCAAGAAAUGUUCAUCCAUCACUUCCAAAGGAGACGAUCUGCUGAGCCGUUUCUGUAGAGAGAGAGAUAAAGAAAAACUUUAAAUGUACAAAUAUUACCUCAUUGCUGUUUUGUAAUUUGAUCGAGCAAAAGCUUUUCUUCCUUUGCUUAAAGAAAACAAAUCGGUUGCCUUAUUGCUACUGUAGCACAAGUUGUAAAUAGUAUAUAGAACAAACAGCCCAACGUCACAAUGGAUAGAGUAAAAAUGGGAGUCAACAAUGUGUGUUUUUUAAGCAAUACAUUUGCCAGUGCUUCAAUGUCCAGUACUUUUUCCUUCUUAUUUUUUUUUUUUUUAAGUUGAUAAAUUAUUAUUUGUUGUCUCUGUUUGUAAGACUGUUUCAUAUGUGUGUAGAUAAAUGCUAUUUAAAUAAUUUAUCAUGGAGUGCCGCCUAAGACGGAGGCGAUUCCAUCUGUAUAAACAGUUUGCACACUGACGUGAGGAUGUUCGGUUCUUCAUUGUUUGUAUCUUUAUUGUGUUGUUAUUUUUUUUGUACAAUUAGAGAUGCUUGACUGUAAACAUUUUUACGUAGUUACACGAUGCAAAAUGCUAUUUUUACAGUACGUAUAGCGAUUAUUUUGGUACAUACUUCAGAAUAAUAAACAGACGAUAGACGUCGUAAACGAAAAACGGA